CGAAGACCAUGGACUCGUUUACCAAGCAGGCACUGAGCUCAGGCCACCAGUCCACCGGAGGAAAGGCACCAAGGAAGCAGCUGGCAACUAAGGCUGCUCGGAAAUCUGCUCCGGCGACCGGAGGAGUGAAAAAGCCUCACCGCUUCAGGCCGGGAACCGUGGCCCUGAGGGAGAUCAGGAAGUACCAGAAGAGCACUGAGCUCCUGAUCCGCAAGCUGCCGUUCCAGAGGCUGGUGAGGGAGAUCGCACAGGACUUCAAGACCGAUUUGAGGUUCCAGAGCAGCGCCGUGUCGGCGCUCCAGGAGGCGGCGGAGGCGUACUUGGUGGGGCUGUUUGAGGACACCAAUCUGUGUGCCAUUCAUGCCAAGAGGGUCACCAUUAUGCCCAAGGACAUCCAGCUUGCUCGUAGGAUUAGGGGUGAGAGGGCUUAAGAAAUCCCCAUAUCUUAGGGUUUUGAAUUUCAGCAGAAUGUAGUGGGGUUUUUAUGAUUUGUAAUGGGUUUUGGAAAUUGAUAUGUAAAGUUGAGAUCUUGGGAGAUUUAUGGUUAAUCAAAGUUCGGUUUGAAUUAUGCACUCCAUGUGUUUGUUAA